AUGUCUACUGGGGACCAUGUCGCCAUGACCAUGCUGGCCAUGGCAGAAACUCUUCGACAGCUCCAGCCGCCGAAAGUAAAGAUGGCUAUCAAAUGUACGAAGGGAGCCCUCACAUUGACGCUAUCUCCCGAGAUGACCGCACAUGUGAGAUUUCAACUGGGAAAGUUGUAUUUCUUUUACACAGAGAAUCUCGACUUGGCUCUACAGAGUCUUGAAUCGGCAUAUGAAAUGAUGACAAGAAUGGGCGAUUACUUCAUACAGCCUCGACUUGAAGCACUGACACUCAUUUGUGAAGCGUUAAUUCAUGGGCCUCCAAGUGCUGCUUCCAGUACUCGUAUGCUGACAUUAAUACGAUCAGAGCUUGCAAAUGCAAAAGCUUUUCCAACGAUCUACGCCAAGUUGUUCUUCUACUACAUAGAGGUGAACACGAUUGAAGGACGCGCUGAUGAUGCACUUGAAGCAUGUCAAGUGGCAAUUCAACAGUUCCUGGAUGAUCCAGUUGUCAACCUGUAUUUCCGACUCACAAAGAAUAUGGUGUCCGCGCGUGUAGCAGGUACGGUAUGUGAUGAUUCGGAGACUAUGAUUAUUGGACAGCUAAUCAAUAGACUCGACCAGUCAUCACCAGCAACGGCAAAUUUGAAGCUUUUCUACAUCUGCACCCUGCUAGCAUUUAUGUUAUCAGAUGGCAAGGUUCGUUGA